AUGACGAAGCCGGCGGCGGCGGCGGCGGCGGCGAGGAAGCCCUCUGCGGCGUCGACCGUCGCACUGACACUGGCUCUGGCCCUGGCCUCGGCUGGCCUCCUCUUCCUCCUACUCCGCCUCUCUCCCUCCUCCCCGUCCCCCACCGCGCACCCGCACCGCCGCCUCCGCCUCCGCGCCCGCGCGCCCGCGCACCACCACCAGAUCCCAUUCGACCCUGUCGUCGCGGACAUCGAGCGCCGCCUCAAAGACCGCGACUGGGAGCGCCUCGCCGCCGCGGGGCUGCACGUGCCGGGGAUGGAGGCGGCGCCGGUCCCAGAGGAUCUCACCGACGGCGAGGCCGACGCCGACGAGGACUACAUCAACGACGCCGCGCGCUUCAACUUGACGCUUCGCGUGGAGGCGCUGUUCCCAAAGAUCGACGUCGACCCUGCCGAUGGCGCCGUCACGGGCGCCGAGCUGGCCGCGUGGAACCUCGCGAAUGCGCGGCGGGAGGUGCUGCACCGCACCGCCCGGGAGCUCGAGCUGCACGACCGCGAUCACGACGGCCGCGUCGCCUUCGGCGAGUACGAGCGGCCCAGCUGGGCCUGGCGUUUCGACGAUCAUAACUCAACUAAUGAUGGAGUGGGAUGGUGGAAGGAGGAGCAUUUUAGUGCUGCAGAUAUGGAUGGUGAUGGCUUUCUAAAUCUUACUGAGUUUAAUGACUUUUUACAUCCAGCUGAUACAACCAACCCAAAGCUAAUACAUUGGUUGUGCAAAGAAGAAGUCAGGGAAAGAGAUAAAGACAAUGAUGGAAAGCUCAAUUUCCAAGAGUUCUUCAGUGGAUUAUUUUAUUCAAUUCUACACUAUGAUGAUGAAGGCAUAACAGAUGACACUGGUGGCUCUGAUGCACCAGCUAAAAAGUCAUUUUCACACCUUGAUCUGGAUAAUGAUGGGUUCUUAUCAGCAGAUGAGCUAAAGCCUAUAAUUGAUAAUCUCCAUCCGUCAGAACACUUCUAUGCCAAGCAACAAGCUGACUAUGUAAUAUCUCAGGCUGACACAAACAAAGAUGGACAGUUGAGCAUGAACGAGAUGAUCGAGAACCCCUAUGUCUUUUACAAUGCUUUAUUCACAGAAGAUGAUUAUGGUUUUCAUGAUGAGCUCCGUUAG